GUGCCAGGAGGAAGUGCAUUCUGCGGUGGUACAGUGAAUUGAAAGUACGCCAUAAAUAUGGCGCCAAAAGAGUUUUCAAGCUGAUGUUGGAGCUCGUUUGUAGAGUCCUCCGUGUUGUUGCCCUGAAGAGGCUGAGAGUCCGGAAGCAGAGACGAGCCCAGAGCGUGCAAAGAGGCGUGCACGGAGCGGGGACCCGGGAAGAGGACCAGAGCACCGGGGAGAGGACCGGGGAGAGGACGGGAGCAGCGGAGCAGUGUUGGGUUUUUGAGAAGGACGUUGCAAAACUCGCUCGCUUCUUUCUGAUUCAUCGUUUGGAUUAAAGCAUCUCUUCUCUGUGCGGUUUGGAGCCGUGGUCCCGCUGCACCUCCGGGAGAGCUCCGGGAGAGCGCGGCGUUUGGCUCUUUUCUAAAUGCGACACGCUUUCCUCCGCGCGCGGGGCUGUGGGCACGAGCGCACCGCGAGGACAGCGGCGUGAGCGCGUGGACUCCUCUGCACGCGGACACCGAGGCUCAAACCCCCUGGAUCUAUCCUCGUGGAUUUAUUUUGGAGCCCGCGGUUUGGAGCGGAGCGCUGUCAGAAGAGCGCAGCGGGAGGGAGUCCUGUCACAGCCCGCGGGGGACACGCGAACUACGGCUCACCCCAAAACUACAUGUCCCUGUUCGCCAAUGAGCUCCUAACCUCCGGAGCACGUCUCUGCGCUCGAGGCUGACCAAGAACAAGAUGGAGAGCGAGAGGAAGAGGAGGAAAUACUCGACGAGCAGCGUAGACUCCGACACCACUGACAGUCCGGUGACGUCGUGGUCGCGCUCCAAAUCCACAGGCACCAGCAGCACAUGGGUCGUACACCCGCACAAGAAGCCUUCAGAGGUUUUCCGUACAGACCUGAUCACAGCCAUGAAGCUCCCAGACUCUGCUCCUCUGGCACUGGAAGACUUCUACCUCCUCACUGACCCCUGGAGGCAGGAGUGGGAAAAGGGAGUACAGGUGCCCGCGAACAUGGAGGCUAUACCCCAGCCAGUGGUCAGGUUAAUCACAGAGCAGACUUCCUGUGGACUCUCCAGACCAGAUCGGGACCAGGACUCGGACCAAGACUCGGACCAGGACUCGGACCAGGAUCACAGGGGGACCAGUUCACCUCCGCGGCACAGACUCUACACCUGUUACGACCUGGACGAUCUGGAUGUGGCCUGGUUAAACCUCGUCAACAAGGAGUUCAAACAAAUGGCCUUACCUGCCCUGGAUGAGCUGACUCUAGAGCGCGCCCUAGUGGAGCUGGAGUCCCUGUGCGAGCAGAAGAUGCAGCAGGCGAUCGAGGAGGAGGAGGGUCUGGGGAUAGAGUACGAUGAAGACGUGGUGUGUGAUGUGUGUCGGUCUCCAGAGGGCGAGGACGGCAACGAGAUGGUUUUCUGCGACAAGUGCAACGUCUGCGUGCACCAGGCGUGUUACGGCAUCCUGAAGGUGCCCCAGGGUAACUGGCUCUGUCGGACCUGUGCUUUGGGGGUCCAGCCCAAGUGUCUGCUCUGCCCCAAACGAGGAGGAGCUCUGAAGCCCACACGCUCUGGGACUAAGUGGGUCCACGUCAGCUGUGCCUUAUGGAUCCCGGAGGUGAGUAUCGGGUGUCCAGAGAAGAUGGAGCCCAUCACUAAAGUGUCUCACAUCCCGUCCAGUCGCUGGGCCCUGAGCUGCAGUCUGUGCCGGGAGCACACAGGGACAUGUAUACAGUGCUCUAUGCCCUCCUGUAUUGUGGCCUUCCACGUGACCUGCGCCUUCGACCACGGUUUGGAGAUGAAAACCAUCUUGGCUGAAAACGACGAAGUUCGUUUCAAGUCCUUCUGCCUGGAGCACAGCAGCACCCAUGGGACCGGAGCAGGACCAGCCAGCACCCAUGGGUCCCUCUCUUCCCAGUCCAACCCACCUGUGUCUCCCUCUGGACAGUCAAACCCACCUGUUUCCGCUAUGGGACAAUCCAGCACCCUUCAGUCUGUCCUGGGAGACACGAGCACCCAUGGGUCCAACUCGGGAGAAGCCUGCACCCAUGGGACCUCUUCGGGACAGCCUAGCACCCACACGCCCCCUGCUGUCAACAGGACGCACACUGAUACCUUCACUUGUGCAUCAAACGGCCUGCACCCUCACAGCGCGCCGCCCCUCCUCUCCAGCGGGGGCAGCGGUGAGCCGGAACAGCGUGCGAUGGAGCGGGUGGACAGGGAGCAGAUGGAGAGGGAGAAAGUGAGCCAGAGGAAGCAGAAGUUACAGCAGCUGGAGGAUGAGUUCUACCGCCUGGUCUGCCCUGAAGACGUGUGCCAGAGCCUGGGCCUGCCCCACACUCAGGUGGAUUUUAUCUACGAGUUCUGGAAGCUAAAGAGGAAGACGAACUUUAACCGUCCUCUGGUGUCUCUGAACCGUGAUGAGGUGGACAAUCUGGCCCAACAGGAGCAGGAUGUGUUAUACAGAAGACUGAAGUUAUUUACUCACCUGAGGCAGGACCUGGAGCGGGUGCGUAACCUGUGUUACAUGGUGACCCGGAGGGAGCGGAUGAAGCACUCUAUGUGUGACCUUCAGGAGAAGAUAUUUGACCUUCAGAUUCAGCUUCUGGAGGAGGAGCUCACCUCAGAGAAAGACCACAAAGGAGAGAAGAAAAAGCAGAACGGAGUGAAGGAGAAGAGGAAGGAGAGAGGGAAAGAGCGGAGGAAGAGCAGUCCAGACAAGAAGAAGGAGAGAUGGAAGUCUGAGAAUGGAUCACUGCUCAAAGACAUAGGCCUGUCUGCCUCCUUCCCUCUGCAGAGCUCUCUCUUUGACAGCUGGUUGGCUCAGUCCGUUCACAUUACCGCUGACCACAUGCUCGGACACUGGGACAAGAGCGCCACCCUGCUGUCGGACCAGCUGCUGUCCGGUGAGGAGAACCUUCUGAACCUCAUGAUGGAAAGUUCUGCCUGGAAAACGCCUCAGAUCGGACGGAAACCUCGGGGCUCCCACCAUCACCAUCAUCACCAUCACCACCACAGACCAGGGCCCCGAUCUCUCUCCUCCUCCUCCCACACGCCCCUCUCCUCAGCUGGGACGAGCCCCUCCACGGCUCCCCCCUCCUCCCUCUGGUCCAAACCUAAGUCCGCCUCUAGAUCCUUCACCCAUCACCACCACAAAGCUCGCAGUCUGGAUCCUUCUCCACAGCCUCCCGUCUCCAAAAUGGAUUCCUGUCACAUUUCCGAAGAUGCCGACGCACCAUGGGACCACGUUCAUUCCGGUUUCACGUCCUCCUCCAGCCCGAUCCGAAUGCGUUUGUCCCGGCAAGGGAAAUCCAAAUCGCGAAAUCACCACGACAACAAUCACAACGCGAACAUGGACUCCUCGAAAUCGCCUAAAGACUCUGGCGUUUUGGAUGACACCGAUGGAUACUAUUCCGACGGGGAGCAGAGCGAUGCCGAAACGAGGUCCGGAGCCCGUAAACUUCGGCUGUUGCAUUCGACGAGUGAAGAGAUGCUACGAAGAAGUGUACUUGCUUCAUAAUGAAACAAACAACAACAAAAAAACGUACAAAAAAAUCAUCAUUAAACUUUGAGCUAUCACUGGUUUCGUCAUCUGUGAUCCGUGACGCUUUCUUCAACCAAAACUUUUAUGGAAAUACAAAAAAAAAUCUUUGUUUGGGGGGAAUUUUUUGAAUGUAGCCCGUCAACAGCUACCGCAAUGUAGUUUAGUUCAAGACAUAGGAAACGGACAUUAUCUUUAGUUUUAGCUGUUUACCAAUAUUCACAUUUCAAAAUAAUACGUUUGGGGCAUUGUUCAUCUAGUUAUAAUCUCAUAAAUGGAUUUCAGUGCGUCAAAUCUUGGUUCACUUUUAUAUCUUUUUUUUUUUUUUUGCAAAGAUACGUUUUUCCAACAUUUUCUUUUAGUUUUGAGACGCCAUCUUGAAAAGCACAACUCACGACUGGUUUUGAAUCUGGAAGCAUUUGUGUGUAAAAUAUGUAAUAAAUUAGGGUUGGGGUCCAAUUCAAAGUUUAUUUAAAUACAAACAAAUUACAGUUUUAUUUGUGAAGAAAACCGUUGUUCUGAGUGAUACAGAGGGAUAUCAGUCUGGUCACCACUCCCUCCAUCGCAGCUCGAGCCAGAACCACAGCCGUCCAAUCAGAUUUGUUUAUUUCAGUGACGCAUGUGAAACGAAGGAGCUUAUUGGUCAUCCGUCAUUUUGAAGAAAACCAUUUUUCUCACCUCAGAUUAACAGAGUUUAGUGAUUCGCUCAUUGAUUCUGUAGAAAUCUGUUUUUUCCCUUCCAGCCAUAUUUGUUUUGAUACGGACGGACCACGCCUGUCCCUGAUUGGCUAAUCCACCUGUCAAUCACGCCCAUCUGAACUCAGGGAGAUUCACCAGUGACCAGACUCACAUCUUCGUAAAGUAUUGGAGAAGUGUGUGUUCUUGAUCCCAGGCAAUUUCAGAGUAAAAACGCAACUUUCCCAUAUCGAGACCCCAAUCUUAAAACAACUAAACCAAGAUAUUUUGACGCCAUAUAUAAAAAAAAUGCUUCAAAUAUACGACUACUGCUACGACUGGUUUCAUUUUUAUCAUUGUAAAGAAAUUCUCUUAGGAAAUUGUGCCUUCUCGUUCGCCCUGUGCCCUGUUCCUCCCAAAUCAAAGUGAAAAUCUUCAAUCAACCAAACCAACAAUCAAUUGAUCAAUCAUGUCUUAAACCCAAUCAGUCGCUGUUCAAUCGGACUGGAAACAAUCGCUGAAUAAAAGCCACUGGACUGGUCACCUUAAGAACUGUUUUAGUGCCUGAAAAAUACAAAAAUGAGGAAGUUUGAGCAGUUUUCUUUGGUCAAUCGGGAAAACAAAACUUCACAUUUGGGUUUUACAGUGAUGUGUUCAAAUACAGUGGGACAUAUCGGAGUUUAAACAGGAGGAUUGGGGCAAAAAGUUGGCAAUUUUGGGAGAACUGGUAAUAAAUAAUGCUAAAUAAAAGCUCUGUACCGAAAACACUUUUUUUUAGACAUUAGAAUGUAAUUUCCAUCAUACAACAACAGUAGUUUCUUUAUUAUUACCGUGAGGCCUUACACUGGCUCUGAUUUAGACCAAGGCCAUUUUAAAACUGUUUAGGAAAGGUCCAACUUACAGUAUCAAUAUUUAUUCAAAUGAGUAUGUGGGACAACUUUACCCAUAAACAAUCGAAACAUAAUAAGAUAAACAGAUGUGUACCCUGCAAAUACAACCAUCUGAAAACAAUUCUACUUUAUUCAAGUCGGAGUUACUUUUGAUUAAUCCAUAAAUAACAUGGAACUAUCAUAUUUCACUUAAAGUAAAUAAGAAAAAUAAAAAAUCUAUUGUCAAAUGAGCAGUCCAAAUCACAAAAAGGGAUAAUUUUACCAUUGACAUUUGCUCGAGUUUGAGAUUAAUUAAUGUUUAUCACCUCUGAAUCAUGCACCUAUGACAAGAGAAGAAGGAAAUCACAAUUAAUAUAUAUUUUAUCACAUUUAUAUUAGUGGACCUGAUAUUAUUUUGUCUGCACAUUUUGAACCACAGAAAAUAAUCUCACACCAGCCCGUCUGCCGCCCCAGCCUCGAGUUUAAACUCUGGUGUCUCUUGUGCUUCGCUGUUUCUCACUGCAAACACCAAUAUCUACUGUAGUUAAUCUGGAAUGUUCAGUCAUAUACGAGCAGUUUAAUUAGCUUAUGUUAUUUUUAAACAUAUUUCUGACUUAUUCCAAUAUAAUUUUCUUAUAUCAACCCAAAUUAUUACAAUUGGAAUAAAAGAUUAAUUUAGAAAUGUAAAAUAUAUAUGUCAGAAUAUUUUGGUAGAAUAUUUGUUUUAAAAGUCGGCUAAACUUUUUACUGGGCUAAGCUUGUUUAAAGGUGCAGUACGUAACUUUUCCUGUGGUUAUGUUAUUGUUGUAAUGUUCCACAGUAUGGCAUUUAUUGAUCUCAAGUGCAGGUGUUUUUAUUGCCAAACAAAUCUUGGUUUUGGUUGUGUCACUUGCUCAUUUCAACAGAUAAGUUUAAUGCAGUGCUGUGGAACAUUCUGAGCAAAGCAAGAGCAUCUCUACUAGAAACAUUUUGCUGUGCUCCUUUAACUUGAUAUAUUAUUGCUGUAAUGUUCCACAGUAUGGCAUUAAUCUUAUUUAUCUCAAGCACAGGUGUUUUUUAUUGGUGAACAAAUCUUGAUCUGGUGGUGGUGUUUCCAUGGAGAUAAAUAAGUUUAAUGCCAUACUGUGGUAUAUUAGAGGCAAAGCAAUAACAUCUCUAUCAGAAAAGUUACGUACUGAACCUUUAACUUGCUAUGACUCAAUAUAUUUGACUAAUUUCAAUCCAAAUUUUCUGCCAUUGGAGUGUUUUUGGGUUUUUUUGUUUUGUUUUUUUUGCAAUUCCCUUUUCAUAUUGGCUGAUUUUUCUGUUUAAUUUAUUAUUUUUGGAACAAAUUACAAACAUUUUGAAAGUAAAAGAAACAUAACAGUCAAAACUACUGAAAUUCUGCUUAAUAUUUUGAAUUUGCGUAACGUUAACUCUGCUAGAUAUUGCUCUUUGCAGUGUUUUUCUCACAUGAAUGACGACAAUGUAAUAAUCUACUCUAGAGGCCUGCGUUUUGUUUUUUUGUUUUUUUCUUUGUAAAUUUAUUUUUUAAUAAUUUUGUGUUUGUUGAUGUAUUUUGUACUUAAAGCAGUCCAUGGUGAAACUCAGGGCAAACCUUUAACCAGAGAAAUGUAAAAAAAAAAGAAAAAAGAAGUAAAAAUAGUUAAAUAAAUGUGUAAAAGUGACGACGUGAGGGUUAGAAGUUUAAAAACAAUCUUUACUUUGGAGACUACUACUGAGCACGCUCCAUCUCAGUACAUCACAUGACCAUCAGCCCUGGGGUCAAAGGCCAUGAUGGAGUAUUUAAAUACCUUUUUUUAUUAUUUAAAAGUUCAAAUUGGCUUUUUUAAGUUGGAUAUGAGAGAUACUUAUGGAUACAUGUGGAUAAGUUGUUGAAUUAGUUUGGAAAAAUUGACAGGAGUAAAACGACAUGGACUGAAGCCUGUAUUUGCUGUAAAUAAAUUCAAAUAAAUAAAAAUAUUAAGUUCACCUUUUAGAGUCAUUGAAUUCUUAAAUAAGUUCUGGGCUUUAAAAUAUUGAAUUCGAUAUAUGCAGACUUGGGGACAAUAGGUAAUAUUUAUAUUAUUAAAGAGACUCAAUCCCGAGAUCUUAGUUUUCCAGGACAUAAGAAACUCUCAAAGAUUUUUGUUUGGACGUACGUUUAUCUGCUCACACAAUCAAAUUUAACUAGUGCCAGCUGUGAAGAAAGCUGGGUAAUAAAAAUGUCGCGAUUCAAGCACUGAGCAGGAUUUGAGCCUCAGUCGUCACAGCUCAAGUCCAGUGUCUUACAUCGGCACAGAGACUUUGAUGUAGAAAUAAAACAGCAGAUUAUCUCCUGUCACACCA